UUUUUACCUUAUCUAAGUGAAAUUCCAAAAUGGAAAGUCAGAAAACUAAAAAAUGACAAUCAUUCGAAUUUUCUAGAGGAAGAGAAUGGAACUAAAUCAGUAUUACCAAAGAAAAGAAGACCUAAUAUAGAUCAGGGAAAUAAUUUGCUUCUCACAAUAUUUAAAGCCUCAGAUUCUGCUUUUAAUCUAAAUAUGAGGUAUGAGCACAAUAAGGUCAGAGAAUGUAUGAAUCAGAAAGAAGGCAACUAUGUUUCUGAAGUCACUGGCACUUGCCACAUUAUAACUACUGAGAAUAUACGUAGAGAUUUCAAGAAACAUGGCAAUAAUUCCUUCCAUGUUAUCCCUAAAGACACACUUUUUUCUGUUUUUGAUACUUUUCAAAAAGGUCCUCCUGUAAGUAAUUUUGGUGACACUGGCAGCAUCUCUUUGUCCAAGAGAGAUUACAAUGAUAAUGCAAGUUCUGAAAAAGCCAUCAUCCUGCAAGCUCUUAAUAGCAGGGCCGUUCCUCAAUGUAUACAAGCUACCCAAAUAAAUACAACUGAACGUGCCCACAAAACAAAUACUAACAGCCAAGAUACAAUAAUUGAAAAGAAACAGAUGUUUAAUAUAAAUAGUUUUAGUUUAAAAGGCAAAUUUAAUUCUUUCUUGGAUAUUGAGCAAGAGGUAAAAUUGGUGCACUGUGACACCCUUUACAUUGGACCAAAUGCCAUGACUAAAACUCAGGAAGAAUUCGUUGGGGAUUUCCUAAGUGAAUGGAAAGAAAAAAUACAGAACUUGAUUUGGAAUGAGAGAAAACACCCAACAGAAAGUUUAACAGGAAUGCAUAGUUUCCAAAUUUCUAAUGGGAGUAAGAUAGAGAGAGAACAGAAAUAUAGCAUUACUACCACUAAUACCAUGGUUUGCAUUCUAAAAUCAAACCUAUUAAUGAAAAAGAAACCAAAUUUAGAAGAUGCUAGAGAGAUAAACCAGAUACACGGCAAUCAAAACAACACAACUGAUAGAAAUGAGCACCAGACUCUUUUGCAAGAAAGUGCUUUAGCAAAUUCAAAACUUUUUCAUCUGAACAAUGAAUCCACAGAAUUUGUUAACCGUAAAUUUAAAACUGAUUUGGCCACAAGAAAUAAUGAGUAUUCUCCAGACUUACGAGCUGAAUGUUUAUCAACAGAAACUAAGACAAUGACUGAUUUUGAAAUGAAGAGUAAAUUUGAUAUUGUACUCAAAGAACUUUGCAUGUUUCAUGAAAUUGGUAAGGAAGAAGAAACUUCAUUGAUUGGAGAAACAAGAAACAGUGAAGAGAAAAAUGACUUUGACAAAGAUAAUUCUACAGAGGAGGUACACCAGGUGAUAAAAGAAGACUUUACAGUUGUCUCCAUGGAAAAAAUAUGUGUACCUUCUUUACCCUGUGAUACGAUCAUAAGUGUGAAUAUGCCAAAGACAAUCCAAAGUUCAUUUAAAUGGAAAAAAUUACAUAGGAAUCGAGAAAAGGAAGUACCUCAUGAAUAUUGUUCUUCAAGCCCCUCAGAUGAGGAAUUACUGCAUUCACCUUCUGGAAGAGAUUUUGAAAAAGCUUUUUCUCAGAAUCCUGCUUUAUUCUCUGAUGCAUUUAUGGAAGGAAGAAUUCACAGUUUACUGAAAGGAGGCAGUGGUUUGUCCCAUGGAAUUGUAAGAGUCUAUCCUCUCAAGACAUGCCGGCGUCCAAUCAGGAUUGGUUUGUCAAGAAAGGCAAAGCCCAAACAGCUCCAUCCCUAUCUGAAAUGAGUUUGUUUCAAGACCAUAAAGGAAAAG